GUUACACGGAAGAAUACGUGGUAACGUCAUGCCCAAGCUGGUGUUUUCGCUGUUUAUGUUAGGUUGAAAAGACAUUUAGCCAAGAGUAAGCAGGGUACUUUAAUGAUAAUGGCAUUUUGUGGCGUGGAUGACAAAACGGAAUUUGUCUGAUCAGGCGCCUAAUCCGAGUUCAUUGGUUUGCCUGCUUUACUUUGAGGAAAGUAUGUUCCUAACCAGGACACACGUAGAUCACGCAGCAAAGCAGACUCGUAAUAUAACUGUGUAGAUUAGCCUAGCAGCAACGUAUGUAUGUUGGCUCUGAAACCUGUCUGCUUUUCAUCUAGGUGAACUUGCUUCUCUGCUUUCAAGAUGAGCCGGGAUGCUCCCAUCCACAGCUGGCCUGGCUCUUAUUACUUGAACAGUGAGAAGAGGUGGGAGAGCGGAACCCUGUCCCUCACCAGGACCAUGGUGCGCUUCAUCUCAAGCCAGAGCAAGGAGUGUCUCGCCAGCUUCCGCCUGUCCAGUGUCAUGGAGAUGAAGAUGGAGUCAUCUAGUUUCAUCUUCAGCACCCUCACAGUGCUGGAGGAGGGAAACAUCAAGCACUGGUUUGGUUCUCUUAAGCCCAACCGGGUGGUGGUUUUUAACGUGCUUGAGCAUUUCUGGAGAGAGCGGCUUCUUUCACCCACCUCAGAGGCUCGAGGGGCCGAGGGCCAUCCUUCAAAGGGAAGGGAGCUGAUCAGCCUUGUAGCGGGAGCUCAGAGAAGACUGGAGGACACUGGCAGAGUCCUCAGCCACCAGGGAGAGCAGUUUGACAACAUGAUGGAAGGAUUGGAGAAGAUUGACUCUGAUCUGGGUGUUGCUGAUAAACUUCUUUCAGAACUUGAGUCUCCAUCCUGGUGGCCUUUCGGCAAACUCCCCUGGAAGACUCAGCAGGAGGCCAAGGCUGAGGAUGCCUCCAAGGCUGCAGCUGCCUUCUCCGCAGGCAAAGUGUCCAGCAGAAGCAAAGUGAUCACGAGUAUCCCUGCAGUGGUGUCCAAAGGCGGAGACUCGGACUUGAAACCUGGUUGUUUGCUGGUGCUGGUGUCCUCGCUGGAGGUGCGAGACACCAACUGCCACCUCCUCCACCGAUUUGAACGCAACGAAAUCGACGAAAUUAGGGUGCACAGCCCCUACGAGAUCACAGUCAGGCAGCGGUUCAUAGGGAAACCAGAUACAUGUUACAGGUUUCUGUCAGCCAAGAUGCCAGAGGCCAUGUCUGUGUUAGAGAUGCAGUACAAAAAGAAGAUGGAGUUUACAAGUGAAUACGUGGCCUUCAAAGCAACUCCGCUUUCAUCUCCUGACAAAGAAGGGACGAUCUGGAACGACGAUUUGAUGCAGAAGUGCCAAGACACAGAGCUCCCAGUGGAGGUCCCGGCAGGAGAGCUGUCCCAGCUGCAGGUGCAAGCCCUCCAGCCGUCUGUCAGUCAGGCUGAGGCCCAGGAACUCAAGCAGAUGCUGAUGCAGCUAAAGAACCUUGCACUGGAGGCAGAGUCGGAGCUGGAACGCCAGGACGAGGUCCUGGACGUCCUGACGAGCUCAACAGACCGAGCCACCAUGCACAUUGGGAAGCACACAUGUCGCAUGAAAAGACUGCUGUAGAGGAAAGACUUGGAAAAAAAAGCAUGUCGCUUCGUGAUGUGCCUUAGAUGGCCUUCUGCUUGAAGAAAGCAUUAAAAACUGAGUGCAUAUCUGCUGCACGCAGUCUUGAUAGUCCUUAAGAUUUAGUGCUACUUAAAGAUGUAACUGGAUGGAUCUCUAAUUUGUAGGGCGAUCCUGAGGUGUCCCCACAAGUCUAGUUUAAAUAUUACUUGCUGUGAAAAUAGAACUUUGGCUCUUCAAUGCAAUUAGGCAACACAUACCUUCCAAAGUUUGCACUACUUCUUUAACAAAAUACUGUUUUCAAUCUUUAUUUAUUUAGCUGUUUAAAAUGUAUUUUCUUUUAAUGUAUGAGUUUCCGUUUGCCAAAUCAGAGUUUAACAUUUCAAAAACAUCACUUCCAGCCUUGUAGUCUCUUUUUUUUUCAUGAUUUGGAAGGAUACAGUUAACUUCUCUGAUUUCAUGAUUUUAUGAUUUUUAUGAUUUGGAAGGAUACAGUUAACUUCUCUCUUCCCAGUGAUGCAUUUGUUCUAGAUAAUGUAUUGUAAUAAUUCAAUGUUAUGUUUCUCAGGUUAUGUUUCACUUUUUGAAAAAGAGUCUCUGUCUCUUUCUUAUGCAUGUGUCAGUAUGACUUAUUUUACAGAAAUAAGGGAAAAUGUUAUUUGAAAAAAAAAUCAAUAUAUAGUUGAACACUAAUGAAACUUUGUACAUUCUAUGAAAAGAGAGAAAUUACACAUUUAUCUGUAAGAUUAAUUUAUGUUAUGUUAUGUUAACAUUAUGUAUCCUUUGUUUUUCAAACUCUGAACUUUUAUGUUUUAACCUUUUACAUUUUUAUAUGCUCUGGGUGAUUUUUUUUUGUCUGUUUUUGUGAAAGAAAAUGCGAGAGAGGUUAUGUGUGUCAUGAGAUAAAAAAUUGACCUAAACUGGAGCAUGUCAAAGUACUGUACCUUUGAAGCAGUAUAGCAACUUCUGAAAUUACCUAUGUCUAUUUCUACUGUUAACUUAAUUUGUCAUUGGAUGUAAAUAAGUAAUUAGCUUCAAAUAUCAGUAAGAUUAACCUAAUUUCACUUCUAUUGUAUGCACUGAAUAGCAUAACAUGUGCAAUAAAAUUGAAAUAAGAUCAUCAAAUAUACAUAUUUUUAACUUUUAA